AGUGAAUCAGAAGGUGUCUUGGAAUACCCUUCCUAAUUGGGCAAGAUCCUAAAAUAGAUGGUGGGAAUGAAACCAUAUGCCCCGAGAAAGUAUAGCAGGGUAGGAGGUGCUGUGUGCUUGACACCAUAGAAAAGGAACUUCAGUGGAAGCCCACCCUCCAUAAACCCUAAGCAAAUAAACCCUGUCUCUUAUGAGAGACUGGAAGUAGUAUAUCAACCAUAACGGACUAUCUGCACUUUGCGUGACAGCGGUGUAUCCGAAACAGCAUGAAGAUUGAAUUUCACAGAACAAUGGCAGAAACCCAGACGCUGAACUUUGGACCAGAAUGGCUCCGCGCUCUGUCCAGUGGAGGCGGCAGCAGCAGCGUAACCUCCCCUCCUCUCUCGCCCGCAUUGCCAAAGUACAAGCUCGCAGAUUACCGCUACGGGAGGGAAGAAAUGUUAGCACUUUACAUAAAAGAUAAUAAGAUUCCACUAGACCUACACGAUAAGGAAUUCCUCCCUAUUUUACAAGAGGAGCCCCUGCCACCAUUGGCGCUUGUACCGUUUACAGAAGAGGAACAGAGAAAUUUCUCCAUGUCUGUAAACAGUGCAGCCGUGCUGCGGCUAACAGGACGAGGAGGGGGGACAGUGGCAGGGGCGCCGAGGGGUCGAAGUUCUACACGGGGCAGAGGUCGCGGGCGAGGGGACGGCUUUUACCAAAGAAGCUUCGACGAUGUGGAGGGAGGCUUCGGCCGCGGAGGCAGAGAGAUGCAUCGAUCGCAGAGCUGGGAGGAAAGGGGAGACAGGCGGUUUGAGAAGCCAAGUCGAAAAGAUCCAGUAGAUGGUGCUCCGGCCCACUUCCAGCUCAAUCACAUAAGGGCGAACUACGACGAGGGCGGGCCGGCGGGCGGCAGGAAGCACGAGUUCACUCGCUCAGAGAGCGAGAACUGGCGCAUGUCCCGCGAGGAGCAGAACGGCGAGGACGACGAGGGGGGCUGGCGGCUGGCGGGCUCGCGGCGGGACGGCGACCGGUGGUGCCCCCCCAGCCCAGACGGCCCGCGGUCGGCGGGGUGGGACCAGCGGCGCCGCUUCCCGUUCGACUCCCGCGAGGACGAGCGCGGGUACCGGCGCACGCGCUCGGGCAGCGGCAGCCUGGAGGACGAGCGGGACAGCCUGCCCGAGUGGUGCCUGGAGGACGCCGAGGAGGAGACAGGAACCUUCGACUCCUCCGGGGCCUUCCUCUCUCUCAAGAAAGCUCCCAAGGAGCCCAUUCUGGAGGAGGCGGAGCUGGACUUCCGGCCCGUGGAGGAGGGCGAGGCGCACGGCGAACCAGACGAGACCAAAGAAGCAGACGGCCCCGCCGGCACAGAGGCGGACAGGAGGGAGGAUUCCGCAAAGUCGGAAGAGGAGGCCAGGCCGCCCCCGUCCUCGUCCCCGUGUCCAGCGGAGCCCGAGCCCCAGCCCCAGCGGCCCACACCCUCGCCCCCCCGUCAGGCAGAGAGGGAGGACACGCCCCCCGCCCCCGAAAUGCAGGCGGAGCCAGCUCAAGCCCCGCCGCCCGCCGCCAUUCCCGUCAGCUUAGUCGAAGGCACGCAGCUGCCCCACGUUCCCUCCACUCUCCCGGAAGUCUCCGCCCCCUCGCUCACGGCGCAGCUGCGGCGGCCUCCGGACGUGCCCGCGCUGGUCUCCGAGCCCCUCCCAUUCCCGGCCGGCCUCGCGGCUCCCAUUAGCCAGCCAGAGGCUGUACCGCACGACACGGAUGACUAUGAGGGACUGAAGCACUUGGAACAGGAAGCAGAGAAGAUGGUGGCCUACCUCCAGGAGGAUGACCGGCUCUCGGCGCAGAGUUUGGAGCGGGCCAAACCCACGGCCCUCCCCCUGACCCACGAGGCCGCGCUCAAGUGGUUCUACAAAGACCCUCAGGGAGAGAUACAGGGACCCUUCUCCAACCAGGAGAUGAUGGAGUGGUUUCAGGCGGGGUACUUCACCAUGACCCUGCUGGUGAAGAGGGGCUGUGACGAGCUCUUCCAGCCCCUGGGUGAGAUUAUGAAGAUGUGGGGGCGGGUCCCCUUCACGCCUGGUCCCUCCCUCCCGCCUCUGCUGGGGGAUGUGGACCAGGAGAGGCUGAAGAGACAGCAGGAGCUCACAGCCCUCAACCUCUACCAGCUACAGCAACUCCAGUACCAGUACAUCCUUAGGCAGCAGUACGCCCAGGCUCUGGCCCAGCAGCAGAAGGCGGCGGCCCUGGGGGCCCCCCAGCAGCAGCAUCAGCAGCAGAUCAGCCUGCUGCUGCAGCAGUACCAGGCCCUCAAGAUGAGAGCAUCUGAGCCGGGUCUGGUGCCGCCCGUGACCCGGUCCAUGUCUGUGCCCGACUCGGGUUCUGUGUGGGAGCUGCAGAACCCGUCCACACAGGCUCCCGGUACAGCCAACGUCCAGCACGUGGCCCGUAACGCUUGGGAAGGGGGGAGUGUGUGGGAUCUGCCCGGCGACCCCGUGCCCCCUGCUCCCACCCUGGAGCAAAUCCAGCAGCUGGAGAAGGCCAAAGCAGCAGCAAAACUGGAGCAGGAGAGGAGAGAGGCAGAGCUGCGUGCGAAAAGGGAGGAAGAGGAGAGGAAACGUCAGGAAGAAGCUUUACUGGCACAGCAGGAGGAAGAGCGGAAACGCAGGGAGGAAGAGGAGCUGGCCCGGCGCCAACAGGAGGAGGCGCUGAGACGUCAGAAGGAGCAGGAGGAGGCGCUGCGCAGGAAGAAGGAGGAGGAGGAAGAGGAGGCGCGCCGGCAGGAAGAGAGGAAGAGGAGGGAGGAGGAAGAGAGGAGGCAAAGGGAAGAGCUGUUGCGCAAGCAGGAGGAGGAGCGCAGGAAGCAGGAGGAGAUGGAGGCGCAGCGCCGGCUCGAGGAGGAGAAGCGCCUGGAGGAGGAGGCGCGCCAGCAGCAGGAGGAGCAGAAGAAGAGGGAGCAGGAGCUGCAGAGGCAGAGACAGCAGGAGGCGCUGAGGAGGUUACAGCAGCAGCAGCAGCUGGCACAGAUGAAGCUCCCGUCGUCCUCCAAGUGGGGCCAGCAGUCGGCCGCGCUGUGCCAGACGCAGAACACGCUCUCCCUGGCCGAGAUCCAGAAGCUGGAGGAGGAGAGGGAGCAGCAGGCUCACGAGGAGAGGCGGCAGCAGCAGCAGGAGCUGAUGAAGGUCCUGCACCAGCAGCAGCAGCAGCAGCAGGUGCUGCAGCAGCAGCAGCAGCAACAGGCUCGGCUCCCGGGCUGGGGCAGCGUGGCCCGGCAGCCGCCCGGAACGCCCAAGUCCCUGCUGGAGAUCCAGAGGGAGGAGGCGCAGCAGAUGAAGCAGAGGAAGGAGCAGCAGCAGUCCAGCGGGACCCAGCAGAACCGGCCGCAGAACCGAACUAGCAACAUUAGUCACUCCGUAUGGGGGUCGGUCAGUAACAGUAGCCCACAGUGGGGCGGAGACACGGGCAGUAUAUGGGGCAGCUCUGGCGACGCCAGCAACGCCAACAUGGGCUUCUGGGACGAGGCCGUGAAAGAGGCCGCCCCGCCCCCCUCCCGAAAGAGCAACGCAAAGAACAACAAGAGCAACGCCAACCUUAGUCACUCGUCGAGCGGGCGGGCCAACAAGAAGGUGGAGGAGGAGGAGAAGCUGCUGAAGCUGUUCCAGGGGGCGAAUAAGAGCCAGGACGGCUUCACACAGUGGUGCGAGCAGACCCUGCACACGCUCAACACUGCCAACAACCUGGACGUUCCGACGUUUGCGUCCUUCCUGAAGGAGGUGGACUCUCCCUACGAGGUGCACGACUACGUCAGAGCCUAUCUCGGGGACACGCCAGAAGCCAAGGAAUUCGCCAAGCACUUCCUAGAGCGCCGUGCCAAACAGAACGCCAACCACCAGAAACCGCAGUCGCAACCGCAGCUGUCGCGCCAGGGAGCGCAGCAGAAACAGCAGCAGCAGGACUCCACGUGGGGGGGCAGCCAGCAGGGAAAUCAGACCAUCUUCCAGUCGAACCACAAUAGCCUGCAGCAGGGCCGCUUCGAGACGGUGACGUCGGGGAAGAAGAAGAAGAAGCAGAAGAUGGUACGGGCAGACCCCAGCCUGCUAGGUUUUUCAGUCAACGCCUCGUCGGAAAGGCUGAACAUGGGAGAGAUCGAGACCGUGGAGGACUUCUGAGGCGGCAGUGCAGGACUGGAGCCGUCCCCGCUGUCUGUUUCCGCUCCGAAUAGCUGCCAUUUUAUCCCGUCACCUUUUUUUUUUUUUUUUUUAUUCUUUUUUUUUUUUUUU